AAUGGUAAAGCAAAUAUGGUAUAUAUUUCAGUGAUGAGGGUAACACAGUGCCAGUUUUUACCAGGUGACAAUGCAGCAUCAUUAGAUGAAACUCCAGUCACAUUGAUAUAUACAGAAGGAAAUACAGCUGUUUUACCAUGUCAAAUACAGAACCAAGGAGACAUGGAUGUGUCCUGGUUCAAAGAAAAUUAUCAGAUCAUAGCCAGUGGUAAUGUGAUAGUAAAUGGGGAUAAAAGAAUAAGUGUAGAAACUAAAGAACCUGGAGACUGGAAUCUUGUUAUUAAAAAUGUACAGGAAGAAGAUGCAAAACUCUACAUUUGUAUGCUACAAAGUUUUCCACCACAGGAAAAAAAGUUUACUGUACAUGUAAAUACUAAGCCUAAAAUAGAUAAAGAUAGUCUGCUGGAGAGGUAUUUAUUCAAGAAGGGAGAGGCAUUAAACAUAACAUGCAAUGUGAGUGGAUAUCCAGAGCCUUCUGUAAAAUGGUAUGCAUUUAGAACUGAACUGUCUACAAUGAAGGAAAUAAAAGAACUUGUUUCAUCUACCCAAAUGCUAAUGUUUAAAAACCUUGGACCAACAGAUGGUGGUAUAUAUGGAUGUGAAGCUGAAAAUGUUGUAGGAACAGACAUGUAUGAAAUCUUCCUUCAAGAAGUCUAUGAACCCAAGUUGAGUACAACAAAAAACAAAUUUGUUGAAAAAGAGUCCUCUGUAAUUGUGUUACAGUGUGAAAUAGAAAGUAAUCCAGCUGCAGAUAUUGGCUGGCAACGAAAUGGGAAACUACUCAAGACAGACAUGGAUAAAUAUAGUAUAGAAGUAUAUACUGAAGGUGACUUUAAAACAGUUACAGAAUUAACAAUACGUGAUAUUAAUACGUUAGACAGGGGAGAGUAUCAGUGCCUUGCUAGGAAUACUAUUGGUAUAGAUUAUAUCAAAUUCAAUGUGAUAGUGGAAUUAUCAACCACAACUGUUAAAAUAACUACAAGAAAACCAACAACUGCCAGAUUAACAACUGAGCCCGUGCCUAUACCUGAGAAAACAACAGCCACAUCUACAGUGCCCACAAAAACACAGCCAGAUAAUCUAAAGAAAACAACAACUGCUAUAAACUAUGUAGAAGGUCCAAAAACAGGUGACAGUCGCAGCCAUGCUUCUCUUGUUACAUACAGCUACAUGUACACAAUACUUCUGACAGUGUUUUCAAUUACAUUACUUCUUGUUUUAUAGCAAUCAUUAAUCUAAUCGAAAUUUUAUAAUUCAUUUACUUGUAAAUCUUUUCUGCCAUGUUAAAAUAUGUACACAUCCUAGGUUAUGAGUCAUAGCCUAGGAUGUGUACCUACCCUAUGGCUCUACUCUGUUCAUACACUGAAGAAAAUUUCUUAGAAUGAAAAGAUCUUAAUCGAGUGAACUGUAAGCUAAGGACAUUUUUUCUGGCUUACAUUUUACUGGUCCUAGAGCUGGACAGACUGUUCAUUUGUUCAAAGGGGGAUAACAAAUAUUACACAUGUAUUGUAACUGUCUUAAAUUGUCAGAACAGUGUUUAUACUCUUGUAGAAAAAUAAAACCUCUUUCUUAGGUGUUAAUUUGGUGUUUAAUGAAAUUUACUAUGUAUAUAUAAAACUUAACAAAAAACAGCACUUUAAAUGUUAAGUGUAAGAAAUUGUUGAAAAAAUAAAAUCUGAAGUUUUAAUCUGUAAUGAUGUCAGUAAUUUUUGUUACUGAAAUAAGGAAAAUAAAAAUCACAUGUUAAUAUGUCUUCUUCAGCAACUUAAAACUCUUAAAACUUAUGUGUAUAUCACUUAAGUUUUAACAUCACUUCAGUUUUAAGAUAAAGUUUUAUUAUCCUUCAAUAUGUUGUGCUGUAAUGUAUAGGCCAUUUUAAAAUCUGUACGCUAGGGAUAAACCAUCUAAAGCAUUCCCAUCUUAUAAUGCUGAUAAGGGAAAGAACUCUUCAAAUCUUGUAAUAAAAGCUGAAGGAAUCUUUGUAAUUACCAGUUAAAGGUAUUUCAUAAAUAUCUUUACAUAAUGAAGACAAAGACUUAAUACUCUACUAUAAUACUCAUGAUAUAUCAAGAAUGAAAUAAUGUCUGUUAUAUAUUUUUUACCUUUUAUCAUCAGAACAUUUUACCCAUUUUGAUUCAUUAUUACCACUUCUGUAUCAAACCUCCAGCAAGAAAUAUUGUAUAUAUUAUAUGUAUAUAUGUACAUAUACAUUGAUACAGUAAGCUUGAUUUACAGAUGAAAAAUUUAUUACAUCAAUCCUAAGACAUUAUGGAAAUAUUAAGUAUAUGUCAAAGCAAAGCAAAGUACAAUUGCGUUACUGUAUGAUGAUAUUUAAUGUAAAUAAUGACACAUUUUUGUGAUGGAUUUAUAAAGUUCGUUUUGCGUAGCAUUAAUAGUUAUAUAUAAAUAUUGCUCAAUCUUUAUGCAACAAGAACAUGUGUAUAGUGUAAGAGUGUGUUAAUCUGUUAUAUGAUACUGUACAUAGAUUACAUGUUUGUAUCAAAUUAAAUAUCACAUGUUACUCUUAUUGUUAAAAAGCUGCAUUUAUUUUGUAACUAAUAUACUACAGUAAAGUUAGACAAUCUUGUGAGUUUGUGCAAGUCUAUGAGCCGACAAUCAAACAUUUCAUAUCUGUAAAUGUAUGAACACUUGCACUUACUACAGUGUUUUUUUUUCCACUUUUGGGGGAAGGGGGUCGAUGCCCUUUGGAGGGGGAAAAAUGCAAUAGGAGGGGGAAUUUUAUUUGUUUACCUAUUUUUUAUUGUUUUCUUUGCGGUAGAAAAGGGGAGCAACUCUUGCAACACAAGUUUAAAAUACGUCGCUUUUUCUUAAUAUACGGAUCUAAAAUAUUGAUGCGUCACAAGUUAAACUUGCUGGGACACCGGGAGUAGCUCCACUUACCUACAUGAGAAAGAUUUGUAAACAAACUUGCUUAAGAGUAACUCUUACAGGCAUAAAAUAAAACAUUUUUUGGCAGUUAGUUGCAAAAAAAAAAUGAUAUUCAUUGCAGGCAAAUUCGGGCUGCCAUAUAUGGGGAAAUUUUGGCCUGGGGGGGGGGGGGAAACAUACUAUUUUGAGGGGGGAAUGGGGCCGAAUUUCGCCGAAUAUUUUGGUGAAAAAAAACACUGUACUAUUAUGUAAAUUCAUGUAAAACAGCGUGUUCAAAUAAAAAGAUGGGUAAAUUGUUGUUGUUCCUCCACAGAAAAUUAUAGUUUUGAUAAUAUUUGAUGUUUUUCUUUUCAAUUUUGUUAUUGUCUGUACUUUGGUUUUUGUAGCAAAUGAAAAUAAAUCCAUUCUAAUUAACAGUAUUGAUAACUGUUGAUUAACGUGAGUGACAUCAAUCAAACUUAAUACAUAAGAAUGAUUAUAAUCAUCACCUUUCUUUUUUUUUUAAAAGAAAAUGAUAAACUAGAUGUGACUGUUUGAAAGAACAUACCCUAUCCAUUUAUAAAACUAAACAAUGUCAUGGUAAUAGAAAGGCUUAAACUCACUAUAACAAGGUAAAGAUGCAGUUUAAAGCCACUUAUAAUAUAACUAAAUGUAUCAUGUUACCUUUUUUUAUAAAAUACUUACUGGAGGAUAAGAACAACUACAGAAUCAGUUUUACUCUAGAAUUAUUAGUAUCCAAGACUCUGUAACAUCUUUAAAAUUAUUUCAGUAUCAAAGAAAUACAGCCAAUAUUAUAUUUUAAGUAUGAUGUUUAAUUCAAGAAAUAUUUAUGUACAGAAUAAUAGAAAGAAAUAUGUAUAUAUACAAUUCAAAGUCACAAUAAAUUGACUUGAAUAUGUAUGUUCAGUAUUUAAACUGUUAUUGUUAGUUAUUUUGUUGACAUUUGUUGUUGUUGAAGUUUAUGAGAUAAAAUAAAGAAACUUAGAUUUUGUAGUAUAGUUGUUGAAUAUAGCUAAUUUUUUAAAGAAAGUAGUAAACAGAUUAAAUGAUAUCUUUUGUAAAUCUUCCUUUCAUAAAUAAAUCACAAAGUAAACAAA